GGUCCGGGCGACGGCAGUACACGUCGGUGAGUCGAGUCCGAGUGGAGCGCCGCAAAGAAAAACAACAGUUUACUACGCUAUUAUUAUAAAUUUGUAUUGCGGUCGUCGCUGCGCGGGCGCAUCGUAUUUUGGAAACGACGACAACGGUGCCGGCGAUGACGCAACAAACGUCCAGACGAAGUUUCCGGACGGCCGGCGUCUCCGCGGUCGCGUUACUGAUGUUGGCCUCGCGGACGGUCACGGUCACGACGGAAGGUAAGUCCGUUCGCCGCGCGCGCACCUCACUGCGGUUUCGCCGCGUGCCGAAUCGCGUCGCGAUUUACCGGACAGUUUCGAUGUUCAAAAACGAACGGAAAUCGGUCCGUUGCCGCGGUUCAAUAUCCCGCGCGUAUUUAUUUGUGUAACGUUAGUUUUGAUUUAUUAUUAUUAUUUUUUUUUUCUGUUCGCAGGCCGGUACGUGUCCAACCUGAGCAGCGCCUGCAUGCGGUGCCUGUGCGAAGCGUCCACGGCGUGCAACGCGUCCGUCGGGUGUUCGCAGGGCUACUGCGGCCCGUACUACCUGUACCGCGAGUACUGGCGGGACGCGGGCAGGUUGGUGCUGCAGGACGACGACCCGGAACGGGACCUGGCGUUCGUCGACUGCGCCGCGGACGCCGAGUGCGCCAAAAGAGUGGUCGUCAGCUACAUGGCCAAGUACGGACGGGUGAGUUAGCGGCGGCGGCUAAUCAGUGUACGUUGGGUCGAGCGCGGCGGGGGCCGUGCCUCGUUCGGAGCCGCCUCCCCCGCGCGCGGGUUAACGCAAGGAAAGGUUAGGUUAGGUCAGGUUAAUGCGCGGUCCGCGUAAAAUAUCCGGAAUUAUUUCGUCGGGACAACGGCGCGGCGUAGGUAUUGUGAACGAAAAUUGCACGGUCGAAAACGUACUCGGCCGGAACCGUUAUUAAAUCCUAAAAAUAAUUCGCCAUGGGCGCAUUUCGACGGGAAAAUUCAGCGACUGUUUUACCCGGCAAUAUUUCAUCCGAAACGUAAUUUAUAGGAAAACGUUCCGUAUCAGGUUUAUCAGACGUAUUAAAAACGAAAGAACACUGAAAUCAGCGUUGCGCUGAAAUUAUAUUAUAAACAGCUGUUUAAAUGGUUAGUAGGAUACGAUAAUUACUUACUGACCACGGUGGGCGGAGCUUUGAAUAAUAUGUCUAGUCGUAUAAUAAUAAUAAUAUGUUAUUGUAUCUAUGAGGUUAGCCACGAAACAUUUUCGUACAAAGUACGGUUAUUCGGUUGGAAUUUUUUUUCCGAUCAGAUACAGUUCGGACAAAAUACUUUUCCGUUUAAAAUACACCUAUCUUUCGAUGGUACACCUCUACGUAUUUCGAUAACUCAAACGACCAUGAAUUGAUCGGUUUCAGAUCAGACUCGGAAUAAGGCUACGUAUUGUGGCUACUCAAAAAUAAACGAUAUUUCGCAGUAGCUAUUCAAAACCAUUUUAUUACAAAUAAAAACGAACAUACAAAAUCGGGUCUCUCGGAAACAAUACGUAUACACGCAUACGCGAUUCAAUCGAAAACCCGCAUUGCCCCGUUACCGCGGUGCUCACAAACUUAAAUAUUAUUUACGAUGUGCUGCCUCUGCUCAUUUGCUUCAUUGGCCUGUAUAACAUACCGUUUGGCAUAAAUAUGUACGGUUCAAUUAUUUUCGACAUUAUUAUUUGCAAAUUAAAUAUUUCCGUAAGUUAUGCGUAAUAUGUUUGCACAUCUAUUGUAAUCCCUCGAUAGCGAUGACAGGGGCGAAACGUUUUAAAUAACUUAAAAAUGAUUAAACGAAAUAAUUAAAUUAUUAAAACCACAAGUUAUUUUCUUAAAAGUAUUCCUUUUUUUUUUUUUUUUUUUUUUUAACUUGAGGCAGAGAGAACAACAUUUACUGAAAUAAUAAAGCAGACUGCAUGUCUGCCAAGUUGUCUAUAGUCACACAGCAUACAUAUCAGACAUUUUUGUUACAGAUCUAAAUUAAAAAGACACAGAGAUGCAUACAAAUCAUAGUCUAAAACAAAAUAGAAAAUAACUUACGAUUUGACUUUUUUUUUACCUAGUUACUGUCUGACUUUGGAUUUUAGGAUAUCGGAUAUGAUUGUUUUUUUUUUUUUUUUUUUUUUUGUAGCCCGGUAUUAAAAAUCCAGAGAGUUAGCUUCAUCUCCCCUUGACGUACAGUCGGCGGUCUACGUACAAUGACGAACAAAAUUGUAAUAAUUACGGGUAUAUUAUAUACUUACGUCUUGUAAAUUCGUUCGUUUUGCGGGACACGGUAAAAAAAAUAUAGCAUUCAAUUCUCACAGUGGUUAGAUUAGGUCACGGUUAGGUUACGUUGCCCGGCUCGGGUAUUACGGAGAUUCGGUUCCCGGUCACGAGGACAUUUCCUAACCGGUUCCCGAUAGAAAACAAUUGCACACCUACGCGCGAAAUAAAUAUUAAAAAUGUCUAACGGUGAAAAAGUACAAAAAAAAAUUUGAACAAAUAUUGAGCAACUGGCGAAUUUCACGGUUCUCGAUUCGUAAAAAAACAUAAUAGUAUUUUGUAAAAUGUAAAUAUUUUGUUAUAUUUUUGAUAAAAGUAUAAUAUUAUAGUUGGAGGUUUUCGAAUUUUUUUUUUGUAAACACAUCGCGCCGUGUUCUUUGCGAGAUAUUCGCGGCACGCGUUUUAACCGUGAACAACGUUUUUUUUUACGAUCAUUUUUUUUUUGUUCCUUUAGGUAAUUAUUUAAUUUUUUUUACGCCGACAUAUUAGGUAAACAUUACUUGCGCACGACGCGUAUCCAGGAGAGUAGCGGUACUGAGGCAACCGCAUCCUCCACUCUCUGCCGAAAUGUCGGUAAAUCCUAAAUUAUCGAAAUUAUCGUUUUAAAUAAUAUAAAUACAACACACGGGUACUAUACAAUAAACUACAACACGCACCGUGUAAUUAAAUAGCCCCGCGUUCAGAAAAAAAAAAAAAAAAACAACGAUGUAUCCAUCUGCACCGCCGACUAGCGAAAUUUCACGUAAUUCUUGUCGGACGUUAAUAUUUUCUAACAGUGCCUAGUUGAAAAUGUUAAAUUAUUGGUCCUUGUAAAUUAUCGCGUGGGUAAAUUUACGCAUCCAGCACCCGGUGCGUAACCCUACUAAUAAUUAUUGGUGACCUUUACCUCAGUAGGUUUUUCGGCUAGACGGAUUUUGCGAAAUUGCACGUUGCAUUCUACACGGCAAUAAUACGCGCUGGUUGUUUUCGAAGAAUUUCGUUUUUUGUCCGCCCGACGUUCGUGCCGUUUUAACAACGUGCCACCCACUUAAUAAUUUAAACGAUUUCCGUUUUGGGGGAGAAGGGGGGCGGGUAGUGGGUAAGUACUUGGCCGCAAGAGUUAUUGCGUCGGAAAGCGGCCUCCGCGCACUAAAACGAUCAACAGGACGGCCGCGAUAUCCUUGACGAGCCUGGUCGUCUCAUUAUGCUUUUCGUGCACGUGUGUAAUAACAAUACAUAUUAUGAAUACGAAAAAAAAAAACAACAACGAAAUUCUCGACGUCGACACAUAAAUACUGUAAUAGCGAUGUUUGUUGUUGUUUUCGUUGCGUUAAUCGUUAUGCGUACGGUUUUCGAUGAAUUAGAUAACAAUAAUAUGGCCGUUUUUUAUUCGCAUAUCGCGUCGUUCGUGAUGAUGACGUGUUCGUACGGUUAAAUAAUAAAAUAUUGUUCCCGCGUGCAAAGGUCACCGGGGCCUCAUGAACUAGGCCGUGGAACACAUUUCGUUGUAAUGUUAUCAUAACAUUAAUUUAUCGCAAAUUUUAACGUUCCGAUUAACGACGCACGGCUCACCUAACCGAAGAAAUUAAAUAGGAUUGGGCGGGGGAAAAAGGCUAAUAAAAACCGUACAUAAUAAUAUAAUAUGGAACACUGUUUCGCAUGCUCCAGUUGUAUUAAAAAUAAAAUCGACCGUAAAACAUUUGUGGCUAUAUUUUGGGAAAUAUGACGUGGUGCGAGAGUUAGGAAUGAAAAGAAAAACUAACGAUGGUGUACCCCGGUGGCAUUGUCUCCGGACGAGGGGAGAGUAAGACGGGACAUCUGUCCCCGCCCUGACUUGAAAAUUUCAAAUAUAACUUUAUUUCAAGUAGUUUUUGAUGUUUGAUUUUAUCCUCCCAAAUAAAUUUCCUGCAGGUGCCCAUGACCGGGAAUAUUGUUGUGAUGCAGUUUGACAGGCACUUCUAAAAGAUGUCGUCAAUAGAAAAUUAAUGGACUCACAGUAUAUAAGCUAUCUGGACAAAUUUUUUUUUAACAACAUUUAAGAAGACAUCCUGAAUAAAAUGAAUAAGGUCUUUAUUAUUAUCCUGAAUUUACAAAACCUGAAAAAUUUACAAAAUAAAAUAUUUACUUUCCAAUAUUUCACGCAUAAACAUCUAAUAGUAGGUACUCAAAAUUUCCCACAAAUACCAAUAUAAUUUACCUCAAUAGUGAAUUAGAGAGAUGAAGAGGUAAUAUGACGAUCAAUACCAAUCCUUUGUAAGUUUUUUUUAAAACUUUUACUUGAAUUAUGUAUUUAUAGGUACCCUUGCAAGGGCGUAACUAGUAGUGUGGUGUCCAGUGAUACGUUAACAAAUAUGAGCCUAUAAUAUUAAAUACAUUUUGGACUCCGCCACCCCCCCCCCCCCCCCCCCCAUAUCCCCCCAAUCCUAUAUAAUAAAUGAGAACAAACGGAAAAAUUUAUAAAAUAUGUAUGAACCCCGCUCAGAAUCGUUUUUCGUUAGCAAUGGUUAAUCUUUGCGGAUAGAUAUGCAUUCAAUUUCCUCUCUCUACCUUCUCAACUUCUCACUCACAACAGUGGCUCACCCAUCGUGCAUUUCUAUUCGUUUUUUACUUAUACUCGUAUUGUUAUUUUUCUGAUUUUCCCAUACGAAUAAAUGGUCUUAAUUUUAUUAUAUUUUUAUCGUCUUCUAUAGGACUGUAACAAAAACGGCGCAGCGGACUGUGACGAUUACGCGAGAAUUCACUUCAACGGCCGGGAUAACUGUACGAGCAUUGAAAAAACCAAUUUCUGGAAACGGUACGAGGCGUGCUGGCCGGCUGACGGCAAAGGUGACAAAACAGUUUUUAUUUGCCUCUAUAUUUAAGUAAAGUUUAGUAAAAAAAAAAAAGUUAUAACCUGUUAAGUUAACUUUAAUACCUUAUCUAUAUGUAUACAUAAAAGCCAAAUACCACUCAGUCACUGAUCGCCAUUUCUCAAGAACUACACAAUAUACGAACUUGAAAUUUGGAACAGUGGUUCCUCUAGUACUUGUACUCUGGGUGUUCAAUAAGAAAGGAAUUUAAAAAAAAUUGAGUUUAAGUGGAUUAAUUAAUAAUACUAAUUCAUCGCCAAUACAUAAUAACAAUUUUUAAAAUAAUCAACAAAUACACAUAUAAAAGUAUAUAAAGGUAUUAUUUUUUUAUUGUUAUGGAUUACCGUAGUAACACGGAUGAAAUAAAAACAAAUUUAAAGGUUGGUAAAAUGGAUGAAAAAAAAGUCGAAAAAUAAUAUUAAAAAAUAUUUUACGUUACAAAAUUGUCCAGAGGUGAAGCCGAGGGUAAUACCGGGUCCAUUUAAGUGGGUACACUCAUAUUUUGUAAAUUAUUAACUUUUUCCGGUAUUUGUUUUCUAGAAUAUUUGAGAUACAAGCAGCUCUAAGAUUUUAUAUUUAUGUUAUUUUUUAUAACAUUUAUUUUUGGGUGUAAACCAUUAACUACUUUUGAUUUUCAAAUGGCAAUCUAUAUUAAAAAUUCCAUAAAUAGGUAGAGUAUAAAAUAAAAUUGGAGAUAAAAAUACAAUUAAGUGUUGACAUUUUUAAUUUCCAUCAAUCCGUUGACGAGAUAUUCCACUUUUAAAUUUGGAUAAUAAUGCACCACUACUCUCCUCUAACCUAAACUUUAAAGUGGAAUAUCUCGUCAACUGCUUAAAAGAAAUCAAGAAUUUUUAAAUUAUUAACUUUUUAAUAUAGUUUGCCAUUUAAAAAUCAAAAGUAGGUAGUGGUAUUACUCCCAAAAAUAAGAACGACAAAAAAUAACAUAAAUAUAAAAUUGUAGAGCAGCUUUUUUUUAAAAUAUUCUGGUAAACAAAAUCCGGAAAAAAUUAAUUCUUUCCAAGAUAGUGAGUGUACCCACUUAAAUGGAUCACUUGGUAUAGCUAAUAAUUUAUAUAGAUCAGAAAAAUAUGUAAGAUUCGUCGAUAAUUUUUUUUUUUUUAAUUUAAAUUAAAUAGAAUAAUGAUAAAUAAAAUAAUUCGAGAAAUUAAUUUUUCUCGAGACACCGAGGAUAGCAUUUAGUAUGAAAACAAACUCAUAAUCUUUUUAUUAUUUCCGAGUUUUUUUUUUUUUUUGGUGAACAAUAUCAAAUACCAACAAUGACCCGUAUAGUGUAACUCUUAGUCGGAGGAUUUUCAAACUAUAUAGGUGCACGCCUCAUUUGAUUGUUGAUUUAUUCUCGGAAACGUUAUUGGAAUAAUCCAAAAAAAAUAUAUAUAUAUAUAUUAAAUUAAACACCAAAAUGUAAAACACUAAGAGUAUAGAUUUAUUGAACGAAAAUUAUAUAAUAGUACAUAAAAUAGAUAAUAUAAAUAUAUAAGGAUAUAGGUUUUAAUAGGUUCUAUAUAAUAGAAUGGUAUUGAGUUUUACAUCUAAUUUUUUAUUAUGAUUUUUUUUUUUCUUAUAAAAUUGGUCGUUUGACUAUUAUACACACACAAUAAUAUAGAGAAAAAAAACAUCGUCAGACUUAAAUUCGUGAAUGAUGAAUAAUAAUAAUAAUAAUAAUACAUCCUUAAAACUAUUUUAAGAGAGCGUUCUACCACCCGAAAUGUCAUCAUAAAAACGUACAGACAAAAAUUACUUGGGCUCGAUUAAGAAAUCUCAUUUUCACCAUAGAAAAUUUAAAACUUGCAGUGUGCAACGUUGGUUUUAUUUCUUCGACAUACCUAAUUAAUAUUUAAAAAAAAAAAAAGUAAUAUUAUUGUUUAAAAAUCGUUCAAGUUUUCCAAACUCGAAUAACAUAUUUUGUUAUUGUGAUAUCGAAUAACUAAAACUAAUACUGCACAAUGCAACUUUUUUUUUUUAUAUAGUGAACAUUUGUUUUCUUAAUAUUAAAGCUCGCUGUUCUUGGUAAACAUAUUAUUUAUUAAAUUCGCAACCAUACAACAAAUAUCUACGCCCCGGGACUACUUGUAAAUUUAAGAUAUUUCAAAAUGAAUUUGGAUAUUUACGAAUCAAUAAAGUUUAAUUUUUCCAAAAAUGCCGAGAAACUUGUUUAUACACAAACCCUUAAAAACAGGAGGUAGCACGUCCUCUUAAUAUAAUAUUAUAGUUUAGAAACACCGUACAGAUAUCUCAUAGUAUAAAACAGCUAGAUAGCCGACUCUACGAGUAAACGGAAAAUCUGGCAGCCGUGUAUAAUAAUUAUUAUACCAAGAGUUUUAUCGAUUAACCCAUCAAAAUAUUAUGUUAAUUGUUUAUAUCAAGAGGCGUGAAUAUUAUGUGAUACACGUUGGUUUAUGACACGGUCAAAUAUUAUAAACUGCAGGUUGCUCCUUGGCCUAUUGUUAUAAUCAAUGAUGCGUGACCACCGAAUGUCAGAGUAAAUCAGCUGAUCCAGUGGAAUUGGAGCCGUAAUCUAUAAUAUACACUGGCGUUUGUAUUAUUCAUAUUAAUUCGAAUGUAUUGUGUGAGCAGAUAAAUAAUUUCGUUGAAUAUAAUAUGAAUCCGUUUCAAAUUGUUAGAUUAAAGCCGUUUACGUGGCAAUUCACACCUUCUCAUACUUUGUUCGGCUUUAAGUUGAUUAGUUGCAACUCUUCACGCCUGGAGCGCUCAUGCCUAAUUCCAAGUCCCGGCUCUGUCCGUUUGGGGCGGUCAUCACGUUUUCACGAUUAAAUUGAUAACGUCCUAUAGCGUGUUAUUUUUAAUCGCGAUUUCUGUAUUAUCUCGUAAUUGAUGUAAUAAAAAAAUAUUUCAUGGGUUAAUCAAGAAAAUUUUUUCCUCGUAUAUCAUAAUAAAUACUAAAUAGUUGCCAGGCUUCAUAAUUGUUAUGUGACUCUACCUUACAGUCGGCUAGUAUUGUUUUAUUUUAGACAUAACUAUAUGUGAGAAACACAUAAUAUUAUAAAAUAUUACAAUAUCCUAUAUAAAUUAAUAAUAAUAUUAUACGCUAUACGUAUAGGUACAAAUAUUUAAAUCACAGAAAUGGGGUUUUUUUUUCACGAGUGGAAGCCACAUAGUAUAAAUAAACUACAAAACACAAAUUAAAGUCAUUACUAUAUUAAUACUAAUAUAUUAGUGUUAACGUUUUGAAUAUCAUAUUACACCGCGUUUCCUGAGAGAGGGUUUACAUCUACACCUACGUAAUAAUUAUAAUUUAUGUUCGCGGUGUAUUUAAUCGAAUAAUAUUCUAAUACCGUUUGUAUCUCGCGUUUAUUGGUGUACCGCUUAUUUUCGACGAACGUUUGAAAUUUUAUGAGGAUCCAGAUCAAAAUAUCUCUAGUAAAAAUAAUAUCUGAAAUAUUUCGCCAGUAAAAUUAACUCUAGUAUCAUACUAAAAUUGUAACAUGAUAAUAUUAUUGUUGAUAUAUUUCUAAACUAAAUGGAUAUUAGGAGAAUACUGCACCACGUGCAUUUGUUGUCUCCACCUAAUAAACGCACGACAAAUCAAAUUUGCGUUUAACAAGUACAGCGUUGUACCAGAAUCUAAAAUACUGUGUCCUCUGAUACACUUUGUGUCCCCUGAAUUAUAAAUGUGUGUCCCAAGUUUUAAACCGUGUUUUUAGUUUUAAUAAUAAAAAUAAUAAACAAUUUGGAAUUUCAGCUCAAAUAAAUCUUGUUCAUACUAAUUUAAAUUAAUCACAACUUUCUCGUUAUCAAUAUUAUACAAAUAUACUAUAAACUCGUAACUAUAGUCGAAGAUUAUAAAUAUUAUGCAACCAAGAUGUACUAUCUUUAAUCGCGAAUAUAACGAAUAUACCUUGUGUCAGUGGCGGCGUCAGAAAUUUUACAUCAGGUGAGCCAAGCUGAGGCCAACAUUUAUUUUUACACAUAUGUAUCAAUUCGAGGAGAAUAUUAUGGUAUAAGAAUUAAAUAGACAUUGUAUAUUUGCUUUAAUCGUUUAAUAUUGUACUGAUUUUUUCGUUUCUUUACGUUUUUCCCGGUUCUUCUAUGUUUUUUUCUCGGAUUUCACAUUUGCUGAGAAAACUCUUGGGAAAAUCAAAAAAAAAAUGACCUCCUAGAAGUACCUUCCCAGCAAGAUUUAAUUUCAUAAAAAGUGUUAUCAUUGUAAAUCGGAGCUAAAUUUCUGGUAAAAAAGUUAACCACAGAAAAAAAAAAUCGUAAUAUUUUAUUAAUAUAUUUCAUACAUUUUCCUAUUUUGCUCAGUUUUUUCAGUUUUUUACAUUUGAUGAGGAAAUUCCUGAGAAAAUCGAAAAAUGAUACCACCCUAAGAAAAUUUGCUUUCAUAAAAAGGUUUACAUCGAAUAUAUGGGAGUAAGCUUUCUUGUAGAAAUAAUGUGAAUAUAAAAAAAAAAAUAAACAAAUUUGUAUUGUAAAACCAAUACAUUCUACGCUACACUCAGAAUCUAAAAUAUACCUAUGAUCUCUACAUUUCUUCGUAUUUCUAUAAAUAAUUAAAAAUAUGAUAUGUAAUUUAAAACAGAGUGGGCCAGCCGGGGUUCGAGAACAUUUUAGAGUGAGCCGCGGUUCACCCUGGCCCAGCCUUGGAGCCGCCACUGCCUUGUGUCUACAAAUAUACAUACUAUGUAGGUAAUCUCGAAUUUUCGAAAACAGCUUACUAUAGUUAUUAUUGUUCUGAUGGUGUGUUCAUGUAACUACCUAUUAGUAAAAUAUUUUGAACUUUUACUUAUAUUUGUUUUAUAUAUUUUUAUUCCAAACGCCAUAUAAUUAAUAUAAAUGAGUAAGGUAAGAUGUUUAUAAAAGGGAGGACAGUUUUGUGUGUUAAACUCUCGCGGGUUUUUUUUUUUGUUAUGGAAACCUGUCAAAAGUUACAAUUGACCUAAGAAUUGUGUCCCUUGAAAUCAGAUGUAUUUUAGGCACUGCGUUACACUAUUAGUUUUAAUAGUAUAGAGCGAGUUGACCUAUUAUCAAAAUUAAAGGGAAUAGUGAGAUAUGAGUGUGUAUCAAAAUUUAAAAAAUGCUUAUAACUCGCUUGAAAAUUAAAAUAUCCAAUUCAACUAACGCGCAAACAUAAAUAAUGAUUCUCCCCUUUGAGUUCGAAAAUGUUGUGUCUGAUUCACACUAUAAUAUUAAAACUAACACAAAUGAACACAAAUUUGAUUACGCUGACCGCGAAUUCAUUACGACGCGCGUCGUGCGUUUGUAAGACGGAGACGACAAAAUAUGCAUAUUGUGUAGCGUCCGCACUCGACAUUAAUUAAAUUUAUAAAAAAGGGUAAAUUCAGACAAAGAUUAUUUUAUCAAAACAUUUUGUUUUAACAAUAUUAUUAAUUAUUCUCCUAAAAUGUUUAAUAAAUUUACUAUCCGUUUUAGUUAAGAGUUAAAUAAAUAUCUUAUAAAAUGUACUAGCAAUAAAGGUAUAAUUUUUCUUUUCAAAGAAAUAUUGCAGCGUGUAAUUAUAUGAGAUAAUAUUUUGACCGGUCACCGUCACUUACGAAAUCGUGUAUUGAUUACAUGUUUUUUUGUUUCAGGAAAACCGAACCGAUGAUUUCGGUAAUCCUACGGAAGACUAUCAAUGUGUAUUAUAUAAUACGCGAACCUCAAAUACUAUUUAUAAUAUUAUGUACUAUUUUACUGUUAUACUAUUUAUUAUACGUCGAUAUUUAAAGUAAAAACUAAUUAUAAUGUGUAAACAUCCAUAAUGUAUUUUGUAUCGGAGGAAAAUAGCGCCAAUUGAGAAAGAAAUCAAAUUGGUAUUGUAUUCAGGGUAACGUCGGAGCCAGCUAAUGAUAUUUAGUCGAAACAAUGACGUUCUCUACAUGUCCGUAUUUGAUAAACUAUGGCUUGUUGUUUUUGAAACGUAAAAACCGCCAGAAUUUGAAUUUGUUCAGUACCCUCCGCAGACCGUUUUUCGAUUGAUUGUCGUGUCUCCGGUCGGCCGAGUCCAGUUUGCUGUGCGCGUAUAGAAAACAGAAACAAAUAACACAAAU